AUGAUCUCGUACCUCUAUCCAUAUGCCGCAUCCGAGUAUCCCAUUUCUAUCGUGAUUUUACAUGGCAGUAUUGGAUCCGACUGUAUAGGUAUCGCCAUGAACCCUAAACAGAAAACCGCGAUUAUCGUCGUUGCGCUCGUCCUGGUCCCAAUCAUCCUCGUGUGCUGCGCGUUUGCCUUAGCCCUUGGCUGCGCCGAGUUCUGGAGCUCGGGUCGCUUUACCCUCAUCAAACCUUGGAUCCGACGACACCUCGCUGUCGUGCGAAGAAACCUCAAGCCGAUCAAACCAGACGAUCCUCGUGCCGUUACGCAAGUAAGCGGACCCAACAUCAUCACGAAUACACGGCCUACUAUUACGGUGACGGAGGUCUGA